UCACACCAGUUAGUGUCAGUUGAGCGUUGACCUCUUUUCUCCUCCGCGUCGCCCGACGUCCAUGCAGUCAGGACGGCAGCGCGAGACCACAGGACGCGGGAGCGCGCGAAGUUCGUUGCCGCAGAAAGGAAGUCCGUUGGCCUGACGCAGGAAUGAAGAGAGCUGCGUUGUUUCUGGUCGCUGUCUACGUCGCAGCGCCCGUCCUCCUCUACCUCUUCCCCUGGAUCCUGGGCCACAUUAUAUACUCUCACUUGUUGAGGUUUCCAUUGCUCGUGGACCUCGGCAGACCCGAAGCCGUGCUCAACCACACAUGCAACUUCUACCUGGACACGGAGGAGGGCGUCUCAGUGGGUGUCUGGCACACACUCCCUGCCAGCCAAUGGGACGAGGCCGCGGGGAGAAGCCCUGAGUGGUACCGGAAAACUCUGGGAGACGGCCGCCCUGUUAUUAUCUAUCUCCAUGGCAACUUGGGAUCCAGGGCCAUACAUCACCGAGUGGAGCUGGUGAAGAUUUUGAGCGCUGCGGGGUAUCAUGUCUUAUCUUUAGACUACAGAGGUUUUGGAGACUCCACUGGGAAGCCCAGUGAAGCUGGGAUGACCAGUGACGCCCUCUUCCUGUACCACUGGGCAAAGCAACAGAGCAGCGGCGCUCACGUGUGCCUGUGGGGUCACUCGCUGGGCUCAGGGGUGGCAACCAAUACUGCAGCGAAGGCCCAAGAGCAAGGGUCUGAUGUUGACGCUUUAAUCCUCGAGGCCGCAUUCACAACUAUUGGAGAAGUGGUCGUCAACUAUCCGCUCACUAAGAUAUACAUGUUCCUUCCGGGAUUUGAGAGCCUGCUUCGGAGCAUUGUGGAAAUGAACGACAUCGUGUUUGCCAGUGAUAAAAAUGUGAAGACCCUGACGUGCCCUCUUCUUAUCCUGCAUGCAAAGGACGACGACAUUGUACCUUACCACAUGGGCCAGAAGCUGUACGAGAUAUCAAUGCAGGCCAAGAAAGAACACAACACAGACGUUCACGUUGAAAUGAUCUCCUACAGUGAGACUCUGGGAUUCUCCCACAACAACAUCUACUUGGACCCCAAGCUGUCAAAUGUUAUCGGGAAAUUUCUACAAAACCUGAAGCAGUAGAUCGUCUCCGCCUCCUCCAGAGAACGCUCUGGCCGUUUCUUCGAUGGCCUCUCUCGGCUCGUUGGGAGGCGGGAUCUUCAGGUCGGUGGGCUCCACCCCCCACACCUCGGUGGCG